CCGCGCACAUCCACUAAACCAGAAUAUCCCCACCAAAUCACAACCAAAGGACGCAGCCAGUCGUCCAGCCAACAAUCACAAAUUCAGCAAACCCAAUCAGAGUGCAAAUAAUUCAGCAGUAUGUCCGCUAGGAUCCUCGAGGACUCGCCCAACGCGCGCAUCAACAAGACGAUCCUCGAUCGUUAUCUCUCCCUGCCCCUCCAGGAGAACAUCGUCCAGGCCACCUACGUCUGGAUCGACGGCACUGGCGAGGAUCUGCGCUGCAAGGAUCGCACCCUUGACUUUAUUCCCCAGAGCCCCAAGGAGCUGCCCGUUUGGAACUACGAUGGAAGCUCGUGCUACCAGGCCGAGGGUUCGAACUCGGACACUUACCUGUAUCCGGUGGCCAUCUACAAGGAUCCCUUCCGUCGCGGCAACAACAUUCUGGUAAUGUGCGACACCUACAAGUUCGAUGGCACUCCCACAGAGACCAACAAGCGCAAGACCUGCCUGGAGGUGGCCAACAAGUGUGUCGAUGAGGAGCCUUGGUUUGGCAUUGAGCAGGAGUACACGUUCCUUGACUUUGAUGGUCAUCCACUUGGCUGGCCCAAGAACGGUUUCCCCGGACCCCAGGGACCCUACUACUGCGGCGUUGGUGCCAAUAAGGUCUAUGCCCGUGACAUUGUAGAUGCCCAUUACCGCGCUUGCUUGUACGCCGGAAUCAAGGUGUCCGGCACCAAUGCCGAGGUGAUGCCCGCCCAGUGGGAAUUCCAGGUGGGACCCUGCGUGGGAAUCUCCAUUGGUGAUGACCUCUGGAUGGCCCGUUUCCUCUUGCACCGCAUCUCUGAGGAGUUUGGCAUCGUGUCCACUCUGGACCCCAAGCCCAUGCCUGGCGAUUGGAACGGCGCUGGUGCCCAUACCAAUGUAUCGACCAAGGCGAUGCGUGAAGAUGGCGGCAUUCGUGAUAUUGAGAAGGCCGUGGCCAAGUUGUCAAAGUGCCAUGAGAGGCACAUUCGCGCCUAUGACCCCAAACAGGGUCAGGACAAUGCCCGUCGUCUGACCGGAAAGCACGAGACGAGCUCCAUCAACGAUUUCAGUGCCGGUGUGGCCAACCGUGGAUGCAGCAUACGUAUUCCCCGUGGCGUCAACGAUGAUGGCAAGGGCUACUUCGAGGAUCGCCGACCCAGCUCCAACUGUGACCCGUACUCCGUGGUGGAGGCCAUCUUGCGCACCAUCUGCCUGGACGAAUAGAUUUGGAUUUUGGGCUGCACUAGCAUGUCUCCCAUAUCUCCAGCGUUGUUAUCGAUUUAUAUAGAUUGUUGUUAAACCACCUUUGAUCCAUUGAUCUAUUGAUCUACUGAUCCACUGAUCCACUGACCCACGAACAUCCCGAACACCGAACGCGAAGUUAUAUGCAUUACCGUAGGCUUAGUUUUUACCUAACGUAUUUUCCCACAAAGCCCAGAACUAGAAUCCUAAGGCAGCCCUAACUACUGAUAUUUCCCAAGAUUUUUUUCUUUUUUUUUUUAGCUGCUGUUAUUUAGGUUUUAGUAUGUGAGUUUAUUUUUUUUGUGUUGACCAAAAGUAUAGAUAAAAUGGUCAAGAGAGAGAGGAGCAAGAACCCAAAAAAUACAUCCCCACCAUCUUUAAAGAAUAAAACAUAAAGCUCUAGUAUCAAAAACACCCCCUGAGACCUCCCCCAAAGUAGAAAAUCCCCUACCCCCACUACUUGUUAAUGAUAUUAAAUAAUUAACUUUAAUCCUAAACUACAUACAUAUACUCUCUAGUUAAGUAAAUGCACUAAAAAAUAAAAAAAAAUACACAAUAUAAAAAAGGAAA